AGUGGUCAAACACUGCUGCUUUGUUAUCUCUUUUGAUCUAUAAAUUUCUAUUAUAAUUAUGAGGACAAGUUUUUGAAGGCAGAGAGAGAGAAAAGAAAAGAAAAGUAAAGAGGGUAAUUUCAUGGAGGCUGAAAAAGCUUUGCCAGCCAUAAAUGAUAGAGUUCAAUCAAGUGGAGGAGAAGAUGAAGAAGCUGCUCCCAAUCCCAAACAAGAUGUUCUUCUCAAGGUCCCUUUUAUGGGUGACAUGGAAAAGCCCUCCAUGGAAACUCUCUCAGUCCCAUCAGCUUCUAAUUCAACUUGGAAGGAAGAGGAUAAUCAACACCCUGAAGAAAGAAUUAAAAGGACAAAAGUUGAAAUGAGGGAAGUAAGGGAAGAAAACGAGAGGCUAAAAAGGUAUUUGGAUGAAAUAAUUAAAGAUUACGAAACAUUGAAAAGGAAGUUCCAUGAGAUGACGAAUCAUCAAAUUAGAGAAGGAAAAAAAUCAACACAAACAAGUGGAAGUACAAUAAAUAAUGAUCAUGAAGUUGAAGAAGUUGAUGAUAUGGUUUCACUCACAUUAGGAAGAUUCUCAACCCAUCAAAACAAGAUCAACACUUCUUCCUCCUCACUAACUAAAUUAGAUCAUCAUGAUCAUCAUCAAAACAUCUUAGACCUCAAACAAGAUUAUAUUAUUCAAACCCCAUCGAUGGAUCAUCACCAUAUUCAAAGUCCAACCAAUAGUGAACCUAAAGAGGAAGAAGCCGGACAUACUUGGCCGCCGGGUAAAAUGUCGAAGCCCGACGGUUUGCCCCCACCCGCCAUCGGAGAAGAUGAGGUUUCUCAGCAAAAUCCUCCCAAGAAAGCUAGAGUUUGUGUGAGAGCUCGGUGUGAUACUCCAACGAUGAACGAUGGAUGUCAAUGGAGAAAAUAUGGACAAAAGAUUGCAAAAGGAAAUCCUUGCCCUAGAGCUUAUUAUCGUUGCACUGGUGCACCCACAUGUCCAGUAAGGAAACAGGUGCAAAGGAGUGUGGAUGAUAUUUCCAUACUAAUCACCACCUAUGAAGGAACUCACAACCAUCCUCUACCUGUUUCAGCCAUGGCCAUGGCUUCCACCACCUCCGCCGCGGCCUCGAUGCUCCUCUCGGGCCCUUCCUCCUCCACCUCUCAACCCGGUCUUAACCCUUCAUUCGCCACUACUGCCGCCGCAGCAAAUCUUCAUGGAAUGAACAUGUAUCUCUCUAACAACACCAAUUCAAAGCAAUUCUACUUGCCAAACUCUUCAAUGCUAUCUUCCCUCAACCAUCCCACAAUCACUUUAGACCUCACUUCAAACCCUCCUUCAACUUCCUCCUCCUCUCCUUUCCAUAAGAAUAUUCCUUCCACUAUUAAUAAUAAUUAUCCCCCAAAAUAUCCUUUCACAAGCCUUGAUUUUGGCUCUUCUCAGCCCAACUUCAUGUCUUGGAACAACAACAAUAAUAAUAGUGGCUAUCAACCUUAUAGUAAUAUAAGCAAAAAUAAUGCAAUGAUAGGAAUGGCAUCAGAUUUUGCUAAACAACUCCCUCUCCACACUAACAUUUAUCAAACCUAUCUUCAACAAUUUUCCAAAUCUUCAACUCCGCCGACACAGCCGCCGCUACCGGACACGAUAGCCGCAGCAACUAAGGCAAUUACGUCGGACCCAAGUUUCCAAUCGGCAUUGGCAGCUGCCUUGAGCUCGAUUAUCGGCGGUGGAAAUGGCGGGGAGAUGGGUGCUCCUAUUUCUAGCUUAGUUGGAGGAGCACAAGCAGCUAAGUCAUUAACAUGCUCCACCUCCAAGAGUCCUUCUUCAUCUCCUGCCGAUAGUAGAGAAAAUGGGAAGUGAAAAAUGUUGGAUGAUGAAUUUUAUUUAGAACUUGAGAUUUGUAAAUAACCCAUCAACAAAUCAAGAGUUCUCUCUCUUUUUCUUUCUUUCUUUUUUCUUUUUUCUUUCUUUUUUUGAUAAAAAAAAGAAAGCUAGACUUUCAGCCAUUGAUAUCAUGUCAAGAGAAAUGUUCAUAUGUAGACAAUUUUUGGAUGUGAAUUGAUCAACA